AUGGAGUUCCUCUUCCAGGUCCUCUUCUCGCCGCUGCCCACGCCGGCCAUAAUUUCGCUGUUCGCCGUGGCGGCUGCCACCCUCUUCUACCUCAACACCAGACCCACCCCCUUGCGCUCGCCCGCUGACCUCAAAUGCCAAACCCUUGGCAUCAAGGAUGGAGCCAGGAAGGUGGCUUUGCUCAAGGACAACAACAACCUGAUUGCUUAUCACUAUGUUGACGCAAAGACCAUCUAUGAGGUGUUCCAGAGGGGCCUGAAAGUAUCAGGUAAUGGGCCGUGUUUGGGCUUCAGGAAAACGGGAAGGCCGUACCAGUGGCUUAGGUACAAGCAGGUGUCCGAUAGAGCAGAGCACUUGGGCUCAGGGCUCCUUCAGAGGGGUUUGAAACCUUGCCCUGACACAUUCAUUGGCAUCUUUGCUCAGAACAGACCUGAGUGGAUUAUUGGUGAACAGGCUUGUUACACGUACUCCAUGGUGGCCGUCCCGCUGUACGACACCUUGGGUCCUGAAGCUCUGGUGUUCAUUAUCGACCAAGCCGACAUCUCAACAGUGUUGUGCGACAACCAGACAAAGGUCGAGGUUCUCCUGGCGAACUGUGAGAAAGGUCAGACCUCCGCUCUAAAAACCAUCGUCGUCAUGGACCCGUUCGACUCAGACUUGGUGGAGCGAGGGGCCAAAUGCGGUGUAGACGUUUUGUCCAUGCAAGAUGUGGAGGCUGCAGGGAAAAGUGACCUUCAAAAGCCAGUGCCUCCAAAGCCAGAGGACCUCAGCAUUGUCUGCUUCACAAGUGGAACUACAGGAAAUCCCAAGGGUGCAAUGCUUACUCAUGAAAAUGUCGUCGCUGAUGCUGCUGGUGUCCUCAAGUCGUUUGAGACGGCCAUUGUUCCAAAUACUGAAGACGUCAGCAUUUCGUUUCUGCCACUGGCGCACAUGUUUGAAAGAGUUGUGCAGACUGUCAUGUUUGGUUCCGGAGCUCGAGUUGGAUUCUUCCAAGGUGACAUUAGACUGUUGCCAGAUGACAUGAAGAACCUGCAGCCCACCAUCUUCCCUGUUGUGCCACGACUUCUCAACCGGGUCUACGACAAAGUACAGAGCGGUGCAGCAACACCUUUCAAAAAAUGGCUGCUCAACUUUGCAGCACAGAGGAAACUGGCUGAAGUGCGUGAGGGCAUUGUCCGGAACAACAGCAUUUGGGACAAGCUCAUUUUUCACAAAGUGCAGGAAUCUCUGGGUGGGAAAGUGCGUGUCAUGGUGACUGGGGCAGCGCCCAUUUCACCUUCAGUGCUGGACUUCCUAAGGGCCUCACUCGGUUGCCAGAUUUUUGAGGCGUACGGCCAGACAGAAUGCACAGCUGGCUGCACGUUCACCAUGCCGGGAGACGCCACUUCCGGACAUGUUGGUGUUCCACUGCCUUGCAAUGUGGUGAAACUGGUGGAUGUGGAAGAGAUGAAUUAUUUUUCAUCCAAUGGUGAAGGCGAGGUGUGUAUCAAGGGAACAAAUGUGUUCAAGGGUUACUUGAAAGAUCCGGAGAAGACAGCUGAAGCUUUGGAUAAGGAUGGCUGGCUCCACACUGGAGACAUUGGAAAAUGGCUGCCAAGUGGAGUUCUGAAAAUCAUCGACCGUAAGAAGAACAUCUUUAAGCUGGCUCAAGGUGAAUACAUUGCACCAGAGAAGAUUGAAAAUGUCUACGUGCGCAGUGCACCCGUGGCUCAAGUUUUUGUGCACGGAGACAGUCUACAGGCCUUCCUAGUUGCAAUUGUGGUCCCUGACCCUGAGGUCUUGCCAGGUUUCGCAAAGAACCUUGGAAUACAUGGCUCCCUUGAAGAACUCUGCAAAAACAAGGAAAUCAAGAAAUCUGUUCUCUCGGACAUGAUCCGUCUGGGAAAAGAGGCAGGGCUUAAGUCCUUUGAGCAGGUCAAGGAUGUGCAUCUCCACCCAGAGCAAUUCACCAUUGAGAAUGGCCUCUUGACCCCCACGCUGAAGGCCAAGAGGGCUGAGCUCACGUCUUUCUUCCGUGUGCAAAUUGAUCAGCUUUACACGCAAUAA